UUUGUUUUCUACAAACAGAUUAAAAAUAAAUCGGAAGAAUCUUACGAGAGACGGAUUUAUUACUUUUACAUAUUCAAAAGUAUUGUAUUAUAAAGAAUACGAAGAGAGAAGACAGUAGCAUGGAUGGACCGUAGAAUGCGCGUCUUAGGGGCGCUAAUAUUUUUAACAAUCGUCUCUCCUGCCCUCGCCUUUGUCGCUGGAGCUGAUGGGCCAGUGUUGUUUCAAGAGGCCUUGGAGAAUGGGGUGUCAACGCUUAUUUGUGACUCAAGCCCGGACACGACGGAGGAUGAAAUCAUGCUCCUUGUAUGGUACAAAGAUAAUGAAUCAAUUUAUAGUUAUGACGCUCGCGUGGGAACAGAAUGGUGUAACAUUGGUUUCAAUGCCAGCGGUCGAGUGAUCGCUAAUAUGUCUUCAAAUCCUACGACACUGACCAUCUCAGCUCUGAGAGAUGAUGAUCAAGCCUUGUAUCAUUGUAGAGUGGAAUUCCUUUUGUCGCCAACAAGAAAUACUGGCGUAAACUUAACUGUUAUUGUUCUUCCAAGUGAACCUUUCUUUCUGGACGAAUUAGGUAACACUGUUACCAAUAAAACUAGACCUUAUUACGAAGGAGAUACGCUAGUAUUGACCUGUCUAGUUAUUGGAGGACGACCAGCGCCGAAAAUAACUUGGUAUUCCGGUGAUAACUUAGUCGAUGCAACAUAUAGUGUAAGUGACAUACCGAACGUACGACAAAACGAAUUAUAUCUGCCACUUACCCGUGAUAAUGCGGAUACCCUAUCUUGUAGAGCUACCAAUACACAUUUAGUGAAGCCAUUAAAAGCUAGUCUACAGAUAGAAUUAUACUUGCCGGCUAACAAUGUAACUGUUGAAUGGAUUCAAGGAACUUCAAACGGUAUUCGAUCAGGAGAUACAGUUGUAGUGCAGUGCAUCGCAUAUGGUUCAUACCCGAUUCCUGACUUAACAUGGUUUCUGAACCAAAAACGCCUAUCGCACCAUAGUAAUCAGACAUGGAAUGAAACUCUCCAAGCAGUAACUUCUCGUAUAGAAUUAACACCAAAUAGAUUGGACAAUAAUGGUAAUAUAACAUGCGAAGCGAAAAACCCAGUAAUGCCCGCUGGAAGAAACUCAAAAUCUGCUGCCGUUAGAUUGAACGUAACAUUUGCACCAGUAGUACAUGUAAAAUUUGAUGACGGAAGAAAUGAAGUUAUUGAACUUGACACAUUAAUAUUGAAAUGUAAGGUUGAAGCAAAUCCACCAGCAAAUAAACUAUUUUGGUAUUACAAUGAUAUGGAAAUAAAAGAAGACGGUAUUCGAGGCAUCCGGAUUUCUACAAAUGAUUUAAUUAUCGAUGAAGUACGACGAAGUAAUUGUGGUCGAUACUCCUGUGCAGCAAGAAAUAACAUCGGCGAAACAAAAGCGGAUCCCAUCAAUAUAAAUGUUCUUUAUCCACCAGCAUGCACAAAAACAGGUAUUAUUAUUAAGAAAGAAACUUUAAUAUGCAAUGUAAAAGCCCUACCUCCUCCUGAUACUUACUUGUGGCAUAUCAACCAAGUGGAAUAUGAUGCCCAACAUUUGACUACGGGAUCAAAUAUAUUAUCUCUUGAACAAGUUGCUGGACCUUUUUCGGAAAGUCUAAACGUUAGCUGUGAAGCUGACAAUGGUGUAGCGUCUCAGGACAAAUCUUGUAAUAAAGUCAUUGGAAUAGGACAUUUAAGACCACAACAGCCACAACAAUGUGAUCUUGCGUUUGAAUAUAAGGAGUUUCAAAUAAGAUGUCUACCAGUUGAAAACGCCACGUAUUACGAACUAUCGUUGUGGAGAUUAUCGACGACGAAUACUUCGUUAGUGUUAGAUAAAAAGCGAUCUCUGGAAGUUGGUAACAGUUUAGCUCUGAUGCAAAACGAAGAGCCGUGGCUAGUUCGAGGGGAACUGGGUCUGCUGAAGGCCGGCGAUGAGGCUGGUGCAGCAGCGUGCAAUAGAUAUGGAUGUUCAGCAGCGCUGCUGUUGAGGCCUACGGAAGGUCUAUUGAGUGCUGCUAUACCACCCUGGUGGAAAUUAUUUACGGAGAGAGACAUUGGAAUAUCGAUAGGCGUGCUCUUGUUGGUGGUGAUGUUUGUCUGUUCGACGUUGUUGGCCGUACGCUUGGCCAGGAGGUCCCGGACGAAGGCGCCUGUGCCUGUUAUACAAGUGCUGCAACUCGAUGACGUCACCCGAGAUUAUCUCAGUCGAACUAGCGACAUCCAUGGUCUUCCGCCGUGCAGUCUACGAUCGAAUAGCAGUGAAUAUUCUGAUGACGAUAGUCCGUCAUUCGCGGAUUGUCAUUGUCCCCACAUACCACAAGACUGGAUACCCCCGCCUGACGUCACAUUAACUUUACAAAGAGAAAGUGCCGUGUAGAAGGGGUAAUUUAAUAGUAUAAUCUAGAAAUUACUUCAGUGACAUGUUUUUUUUACAGUCAACAGUAUUAUAGUUAAAAUAAUGGAACAAUUGAGAAAUAUAAAAAGCAUUUUUACUGAAUUAUUUGAAACUUUGUUUUGG